CGUUUCCAUGGGAACUGCAGGGCUCAAAAUAUCUGUAACUCCUGAGGAACAGCAUCAUGCCUGCCGCCUCUGGGGCCCCAUCUCAGACCGAGGUCCAGAACAAAAAGAGAAGUUACAGCAACGUCCACGAGGCGGUGAGGUUUGGAGAUGUGGAACAACUUGCCACGAUUGUGAAGAAUGGUGUGAAUAUUAAUGAGGUGGAUCAGGUUCACAGAUUCACACCACUGCAUUGGGCUGCACACUCUGGUAGCUUGGAGUGUCUACAUUGGUUGCUAUGGCAUGGAGCAGACAUCACCAGUGUCACAACUAGAGGCUGGACAGCAGCACACCUGGCAGCCAUUAAGGGUCAAGAUGCUUGCAUGCAGGCAUUGGUCCUUAGUGGAGCUAACCUGACAGCUAGAGACGAUCGUCUGUGCACUCCGGCUCACCUGGCUGCAGCCCACGGACAUUCAUUCACUCUGCAAACUAUACUUCGAAGUGGGGUGGAUGCCAAUAGCACUGACAAAAAUGGGUGGCUUCCGGUUCACUACGCAGCAUUCCACGGGAGGCUUGGUUGUCUGCAGCUUCUCGUCAGAUGGGGAGGGACUGUAGAAGAUGCCGAUUACAGUGGAAACACACCUGCUCACUUGGCUGCAAUGGAAGGCCACCUGCACUGUUUGAAGUUUGUUCUCAGCAAAGUUAUCAGUGUCAGUCGAGCUUUGGAAGACAUCAACAAUGAGAGAAAAACUCCAAAGGACCUAGCCCAGAGGUUCUAUAAAGAGAAUAUUGUCCAGUAUAUUAAUGGUGUGGAAUAUGAAAUUGACCACCCAGAGGAACAAAAGAAUUUGGCCUUCCCUGCUCACGUAGCUGCCUUCAAUGGUGAUCUUGUAACCCUUCGAAAAUUAGUGGAGAGCGGAAUAAUUAAUAUUAAUGAACGUGAUGACAAAGGAGCCACUCCGUUGCACAAAACUGCGGGACAAGGUCAACUCGAGUGUCUACAAUGGCUUCUGGAGAUGGGAGCGGACUACAACAUCACUAAUGAAGCUGGUGAAACCCCAAAGGACAUAGCAAGAAGGUUUGCCCAGCUGGCGGCUGUAAAGCUCCUAGGAGGAAACGUUGAAAUGGAUUCUGAUGAAGAACUUAAUGACGAUGAUCCAAAUUAUUUUGAAAGACAUGGAGUGGAGGGCAGCACUGAUCGAAUGGAUGACUUGAACCUGAGCGAGUCGGAGAAAAAGGAAGCCCGCAUGAGAGCUUACAAAAAGUUGAAGAAAGCUGAAAAUCGCAUGAAGAUUGCAAAAAGCAAUUACAUUCAUCUUGGCGGGGUCUUAGAAGAAGAAAUCCAAAUGAAGAAAGAGAAGAAAGAGUGGGAAAAAGUGUUAAAAGAGCUGGAAGAACAGCUGGAAUAUGAACGGCUGCGUAGAGAGAAGAUGGAAAUCCAAAUGGAUGAAUACAGGGUACAGAUUGCACAUCUCAAAGAGUGUCUGGAAAAGAUGAAGCCGUCUCCAAGUCCAUCAGGAGAAAAGCUGUCAGAUAUAUACAAAGAUAAGAAAAAAACCAAGAAGAAAAUCCCUUCGCAGCACAGUUCCAACGGUGUCUUCGUGAGACGAGUCAGUGAGAAGUAAAUUGGGUAUACAUUACAUUUUGUACAGAAAUUAUAUAUAUCUCAGAAGUCAAAUUUGUCAUUGUUUGUUAUACAUUAAAGAAAUGGCCCUAUCCAGUAUCCCAUGCUCUGCAGCCAGACUUCAAGGGGUGUACUUUAAAUGGUAACUGUCUCAAAGUUAAACGUUUGUUAUGCAUUAACAUGUACUCAAUUUACGCUCCCUUACAAAUGUGAAGUGCCAUUGCUAUUUAUUUUAAAUGAGAUGUUUUCGCUAUUUUUGCUUGUUAAUUCUCGUCCAUUAAGUGUUUUUGGAAUAUUGUAUAGGCCGUAUUAAGUAAUUAAAAAAAAUAAAAAAUAAAUCCCAGCGAUGUCCUUGAGAGCUUCACUAAUGUGAAGAAUUUUUGAAUUUAAAGUGAAUUUUAACAUCAAGGCCAAAACAGCUGAAGUAUAAAAAAUUCUCCAAUUUGGCUAGUUUGGCCUUAUAUUUAAAUUCCUGACAAUACUCCAUUUAGUGAAUUACCCUGCUUAUCUUUUUUAGGGAAAGUGCUAAAUAAAAAGCAAUCACUAUGGCAACCAACAGCAUAUCUCAACAUUUAGUACUUCCUGAAUAUCCCCUGUUUCGUCUUGAUAAAUCUCCCCCCCAAAAACUGUUAUCUUUUUAAUGAAGGAUCUUGCAUAACGAGUAACGUGAAUAUUCGGCAAUUAAAAUUUACAGCAAAAAAUAGCCAAAUUUAAAGCUUAGCUGAGAAUUUUGCUGAAGGUUUGUCUAUUUUGACCUUAAAUUUCAGAUUCAUUUUGAAUCUCAGACAAUUCUCAAUCACCCUGUUUGUAAUUUUGUUGUUUCGCCUUUCAGAUUUUGUUAAAAAUUAAAUAUAGACUUGGAUUUGCAAGCCUUAUAGAUCAUUCGUUAAUAUCUGGUUCAUACAUUACA